CCGAAGCGUCCCCCGGAACUCUCCCGGUCCCUCCCGUGUAACUUGCCCCGCUCCGUGUCGUGUCUGUGCGCGCUGCCUGGCCGUGUGAAGUCUUGCAGAGGUUCGAGACUUGACGAGUGACAAGUUACUAUGGCGAGUGUCGUCUGCGCGCCUUCUCCUCCGCCCGUCUCUUCACCGCAGCGAGGGCAUUAUCUGGCAACCGCCGAGUGAAACUUUCCACCCGCGGCAUUUUAACCACCAAACAUUACGUCGCUCGCGUUUUUUUUUUUUUUACGCUGGAUAACCAAGGACAUUCUCGCGUUACCAUAGCGACUUUGGCCUUUCGCUGCUGUCGAGUGAGGAAAGCUUUGUAGCGUGCAGCCCGAUCUCCCUCUCCCCGGGCUGAACGGCGUGGGCUGGCGGUGUAAACACGGAUGUAAAGCGCGGCUCCCGCUGACAGCAUGUAAUGGGCUGCUUCACCAUGUUGUUGCGCUCGUCUGUCCCCGCAGCGUACCUCCUGGAGCCCGCCUUCUCUCCCAGCACCGCACGGGUCGUCUUUAUGGCUCGCAGCUUCCUGUUACACGCAACAUUUUGAUGACUUUUUACAGAUAAUAUUUUGAAUUGCUAAUCGCUAUGGCAACGCUGUUAACCUGUCCUCAUUGCAUUGUGAAACGCGUGGACUGACAGUGACGUUUUGUUAAAUUUUUGGAUGCCACCUCCACCAGUAACCACCAUCAUGCCACCCCUUCUUCACCAUCCACACCUCCUCCUCAUCACGUCGUGCUGAGGGCCCCUGACUGACGCUGACGGGCUGACGGAGGCCCUUGAACUUUUGAGUGUUUUAUAACGCUUCAGGUGCAUCAAGUCCAGAUUUCAUCCAUGAAGUGUCCAGGCUCGGGCCGUCUGAGCGUCCAAUAGGAGUGUGGGAGUGCCCCCCCUCCUCCCCUCUGACCCCUGACCUCUGACCCCGCCCCCUCCCUCCGGCAGCACCAUGCUCAUCAAGGAGUACCGCAUCCCCAUGCCCAUGAGUGUGGAGGAGUACCGCAUCGCCCAGCUCUACAUGAUCCAGAAGAAGAGCCGAGAGGAGAGCUGUGGUGAGGGCAGUGGGGUUGAGAUCCUGGAGAAUAAGCCCUACACAGAUGGACCAGGGGGCGUGGGCCAGUACACACACAAGGUCUACCACAUUGGCAUGCACAUCCCCAGCUGGUUCCGCUCCAUCCUGCCCAAAGCGGCGCUGCGGGUGGAGGAGGAGUCCUGGAACGCCUACCCCUACACACGCACCAGAUACACCUGUCCGUUUGUGGAGAAGUUUUCCAUUGACAUUGAGACGUACUACAAACCAGACACAGGCAACCAGGCCGAUGUGUUCAACAUGUCUGCGGUUGAGAAGAGACAGAGGAGUAUCGAUCCCAUAGACAUAGUGACAGACCCCAUCGCAGCUCAUGAGUACAAAGUGGAGGAGGACCCCCGGCUCUAUAAGUCUGCUAAGACCCAGAGGGGGCCCCUGAGGGACGACUGGAUCGAAGAGUACAACAACAACCCCGGGAAGACGCCCAUCAUGUGUGCCUACAAACUGUGUAAGGUGGAGUUCAGGUACUGGGGUAUGCAGUCCAAGAUCGAGCGCUUCAUCCAUGAUGUGGGCCUGCGUAAAGUGAUGGUGCGUGCCCACCGGCAGGCCUGGUGCUGGCAGGACGAGUGGUACGGCCUGACCAUGGAGGACAUCCGGCAGCUGGAGCUGGAGACACAGUUGGCCCUGGCCCGGAAGAUGGCCCAGUUCUGUCAGGUGGAGGAGGCCACGGAGGCCAACGGAGGAGCCACGUCUCCAGACAAGGAGCUCGAGGCCAAGGAGGCCAUCAGCAGCAUCGAGGCCGAGGAGGUGGUGGUCAGCUCUGGGGACACGCUGCAGCCCAGAGGAGUCCUGACCAAGCAGUGGUCCACUUCCUCCAGGUCGUCCCGCUCCUCCAAGAGGGGAGUGAGCCCGUCCCGCCACAGCCUGUCCGAGUGGCGCAUGCAGAGCAUCGCGCGGGACUCCGACGACAGCUCGGACGAGGAGUUCUUCGACGCUCACGAGGACCUGUCUGACGGAGAGGAGGUCUUCCCAAAGGAGAUCACCAAAUGGAACUCCAACGACCUGAUGGACAAGAUGGAGGCGGCGGACACGGAGGACGCUCCUGGUGAACUGUUCCAGGAGAUGUCUGUGGACUAUGAACGCACCAUCAGUGAAGAGAGGCUGGACGAGGAGAGCUCUUCACAGCAGUGCCUCCAGCCUUCUAAGAUCCACGUGCUGAUCCUGGUUCUCCACGGGGGGAACAUCCUGGACACUGGAGGAGGGGAGCAGAGCAGCAAACAGGCCGACGUCAACACCAUCAGCACAGCCUUCGACGCCGUCAUGAGGGUCCAUUACCCCGCCGCCCUGGGUCGCAUCGCCAUCCGCCUGGUGCCCUGCCCGCCCAUCUGUGCCGACGCCUUCAAUCUGGUCUCCAACCUGAGCCCUUACAGUUACGACGAGGGCUGUCUGUCCAGCAGUCAGGACCACAUCCCUCUGGCCGCUCUGCCCCUCCUGGCCACCUCCUCCCCCCUGUACCAGGACGCCGUGUCCACCGUCAUCGCCCGUGCCAACCAGGUCUAUGGGGACUUCCUCAAGUCUCUGGAUGGAGCCGCCUUCUCUGGACAGGUGUGUCUGAUCGGAGACUGUGUGGGGGGCAUCCUGGGCUUUGACGCUCUGUGCAGCAGUAACCAGACUGUGAACGAGAGCCAGAACAGCAGCCGCAGAGGCAGUGUGGUCAGUGUGCAGGACCAGGACCUGCUGUCUCCAGGCAUCAUCGUGAACUGUGGCUCCUCUUCUCCUACACUAGAGGGCAGCAGACACCUGAGCCGCAGUAACAUUGACAUCCCCCGCACCAGCACGGGCGAGGAGAAGAAGCCCCUCACCCGUAAGAGGAGCGACUCCUCCACCUACGAGCUGGACACCAUCAAGCAGCACCACGCCUUCCUCUCCAGUCUCCACUCCAGUGUGCUGCGCAGUGAUGGUGUCUCCCGGCGCUCCAGCAGCAGUACCAUGCUGGACGGAACCGCUCUGGGCAAGUUUGACUUCGAGGUCACAGACUUCUUCCUGUUUGGCUCUCCCCUCGGGCUGGUGCUGGCGCUGCGCAAAACUGUCAUUCCUAUGCUGGACGUGGCUCAGCUGCGCCCGGCCUGUCAGCAGGUUUAUAACCUGUUCCACCCGGCCGACCCCUCGGCCUCUCGCCUGGAGCCUCUGCUGGAGAAGAAGUUCCACCUCCUGCCCCCCUUCAACGUGCCCCGCUACCAGCGCUUCCCCCUGGGAGACGGCAACUCCGCUCUGCUGGUGGAGACAGUGCAGAGCCACGCCCCCCUGCUGCUGGACAGUGGACCCUCGCUGUCCCUGCGCUGUCCGGAGACCAUCAGUGAGACGUGCAUCCCAGUGCCCGUGCUCAGCUGGCAGGACGGCCUCCUCAAAGCCACGCCCACCACCCUGGAGUCAGACGUUGUUCAGUCUCAUGGUGGUGUCUUCAUGGACAGUUCGUACCCCUCGUCCCCCAUCACGGGGCCCCUGUCCCGGGGCCAGCGGAGGGCCAGUGAGGUCAGCAUUGCCAGCCAGGUCUCAGGAAUGGCAGACAGUUACACUGCCACCAACAUAGCCAACACCACAGAAAACAAAAUACCCAAGUCUAAAAGCUCCAGUCUGCUGUCCCAACUCGCCCUCACCUCGCAAAUGUCCUUCCGCCUGAAAAGCCCUCCCAAGUCCCGCAAGAAGAAACCCGUCCACCAUCCAGUCCCAGCCCUGGAGCCAGAGCCGGACCCGGUGCUGGACGGGGAGAGUAUGUCCCCUACUGGUGAUGGAGAGGAGGAGGAGGGCUGCCAGUCUGCUGGGCUGCAAUGUGCCAUAUGUGAGCUGGUGUCUCUGGACUCUCAGGCCGAAGUGGACCAAGUUGCAGCUCGCUGGUGGGGCACUAAGCGUCUGGACUUUGCCCUGUACUGCCCUGACGCUCUCACCGCCUUCCCCACGGUGGCGCUGCCGCACCUGUUCCACGCCUCGUACUGGGAGUCCACAGACGUGGUGUCCUUCCUGCUCAGACAGGUGAUGAGGCAUGAGAACUCCAGUAUCCUGGAGCUGGACGGGAAGGAGGUGUCUGAGUUCACUCCAUCCAAACCCCGAGAGAAGUGGCUUCGCAAGAGGACGCACGUCAAGAUCAGGAACGUGACGGCUAACCACCGCAUGAACGACGCUGUGUUCCUGGAGGACAGCCCCCAGGUGCUGAGCGGCCGCUUCAUGUACGGGCCCCUGGACAUGGUCACUCUGGCUGGAGAGAAGGUGGACCUGCACAUCAUGACACAGCCCCCUUCUGGAGAGUGGGUGUACUACAGCACUGAGGUGACCAACAGCAGCGGUCGAGUGUCCUUCACCAUUCCAGAAGACAAGCGACUGGGAGUGGGAGUGUACCCGGUCAAAAUGGUGGUCAGGGGGGACCACACGUUUGCGGACAGCUACCUGACCGUGGUGCCUCGUGGGACAGAGUUUGUGGUGUUCAGUAUCGACGGCUCAUUUGCAGCCAGUGUGUCCAUCAUGGGCAGUGACCCUAAAGUGCGCGCGGGGGCAGUGGACGUGGUCAGGCACUGGCAGGACCUGGGCUACAUGAUCAUCUACGUGACGGGUCGUCCGGACAUGCAGAAGCAGAGGGUGGUGGCCUGGCUCUCACAGCACAACUUCCCCCACGGCAUCGUGUCCUUCUGCGACGGGCUGGUGCACGACCCGCUCAGACACAAGGCCAACUUCCUCAAGGCUCUCACUGAGACUCACAUGAAGAUUUUCGUCGGCUACGGCUCAACCAAAGACAUCUCUGUGUACAGUUCCAUCGGCCUGCCCCCCUCCCACAUCUACAUCGUGGGCCGCCCCACCAAGAAGAUGCAGCAGCAGUGUCAGUUCAUCACAGAGGGUUAUGCGGCGCACCUGUCUCAGCUGGAGUAUUCUCACCGCUCCCGUCCGCCUAAGUCCAGCAGCACACGCAUGGUCCUGAGGAAGAGCAGCUUCGGCCUGGGAGCCAACAGUGACUUUCUGAGGAAGAGGAACCACCUACUGCGCACCAUCUCCUCCCAGCCCGCCCCCACCUCCCCCACCGCCAACGUGCACAGCCACAACCGGCCCGAGCGCACGCAGAGCCAGUCGGACGGCGAACGCGGCGCUCACUAUGGCCACCAGGGGGCCACGCAGCGCAGUAUGAGCAUCACUGCCAGCUGCUGGGGCAGGAGUACCAGUACCAAGGUGGACCCUGGACUCUUCAGCCCCAAAUGAUACUGGGACAGACUAUGGAGCGGGCGGCCAAAGCUCCAGGACAGUGUGUGGACAUGUGAGAGGUGUGAGGGGCCCUGCGGGGUCACCUGUGAGGGGCCCUGCGGGGUCACCUGUGAGGGGCCCUGCGGGGUCACCUGUGGAAGGCCCUCAGGGUCACACCAUUCAAACUAAUCACUUACCUCAACACAGAGAUAGACCUCACUAUAUAUCUAUACUGAUUUUACAAUCCUAACUCUUUAUGCUCCUGCCUCUUCAGAGAGAAGACUCAUUCAGUGUCGCAUUUUAGUGUAAAGAUGAUUUUGACUAUGAUUUAGUGUAAAUGUGCUGAACUGAGUGUCCAGAGCUGCACACACAGGAGUGUGACAGUCUGAGGCACUGCUCUGUCUGCUGUUCGUGGGCAGCAUCAUGUGACACAUGUGAGCACAGAGGUGUGGGCUAAAGCACAACAGAACUGUGGAAGAGGAGCCUGCCAAAUGUGUGAGCCAGUCCAAUAUAAGCUGCUACUGGAUCUGAACGCACCACUCCAACACGACCCUUUAACCCCUGAGGGAGCACUGUCCAAGGCACAGCGCACUACGGUGGCCCUGAAGGACCCAUCAGGAGCAAAAAUCUGCUUUCGAAAAAGUCAGUUGCACAACUAUAACAUGAAUUCUGACAGAAUGACUGCAGAAUGCAAAGUGCUGCGGUGUGUGGGGAUUGUCCCUCCGGGCCUCCGUAGACCGCUUCCCCAUAACCCUGCUGUUUGUGCCAAAGUAAGAGUGUGGAGAGCUGUACAGAGGAGCUGAGGCCUCCAGAACCUUGUACAUAUGUACUUGUGUACUGUACACAGACCACAGUCAAGUGUCUUCUUAAUCCUCUGCAGGAUCUGCUCUAUGACAAAGUCAUGCUAUUUAAGACUAGACUUCUAUUUAAAGUGUAUUGACUUGGUGAACAAAUGUGUUUUAUUUUUGUCUCUGAAGCCAAACAGGAGACUCGGUUUCCUCAUGCUGUUUUCUAUCAUAAAACUCUAGGCUUAGGACCACUGUAUGGAACAAUCAUCACUUCUGAUACAUUCAGCGAUAGUGACAGUUAUCCAAAUUUAACUUAUUUUAAAUGAACUUUAUGUAGACUAUAUAUAGAUUAGAUGUCGGCUCAUAUUUGCACUGGUAUUUAUCUCCUGGUAUCUAACCAGAUUAUAUUCUGAACAUGAGUAAGCCUUCAUUGUUCGUGGUGGUCCUAAAGCUCAGCUGUAUGAAUGUGCUUGUAGAGGACUCCUAGAGGUGUGCUGUUCUGUGUGGGACUGUACAGUGUACAGGCUUUUCUAUGUCAAUCACACGAUGGACCAAUCUGCCGCCAGUGUGAGGGCAAACGUGCAAUAUCUACCCCCGACAACGCUGACAAUCACUGCACAUGCUCACAUCUACUUCUACUGCGCACACACACACACACACACUUCUACUACAUAUACUUCUACUACACAUACUUGUACUGUACACACAUACUUCUACUGUACAUGCUACUCCAUCCAUGCUCCUGUACACAUAGUGCUGUGCUCAUGGUAACACAUACUUCUACUGUCCACAUGGGAACUGGGUCAGACCUCCAGACCACACGUCCCUUAGUCCUUCUAAAGCCACUCCUCACAUCUCACACUCUGGGCUCAGAGCUUUUCUCUCCAGUGUGAAAACUAAAGCCGGCAUCAGGAUCAGCACACAAACACACACACACAGACACACAGACACAGACACACACACACACACACAGACACAGACACACACAGACACACACACACACACAGACACACACACACAGACACAGACACACACACACAGACACACACACACACAGACACACACACACACGGACACACAGAGAGGAGGCUCUGGACACUGGAGGUUUCGCAGUCUGAAGAAGCAGACGAGACUUUUGGCUUUUGUUCAUUUGAAUCUGUUGGGUGUCACACUGUGUUUGUGUUUCGAUAUUUUCUGAAUGAAAGUGCCCAUGACAGGUGCUCCUUUUAUUAAAACACAGUUAAGAUCAUUACAUUUCAGAUUUUUGCUAUUCAUUUUUUUUUUUUUUUCAUUUCAAAGUUACAAAAUUUCACUUUCUGGUUGGAAAUGACAUGACAUCAUCUUAAGGAUUUCCAUUAUUGUUACCACAGACUGUACAUCAAUUCUUCUUUAUACAGUCUAUGAUUGUUACCUAGCAACCACGUUGACACCAGGUCAAAACUCCUCCAAUGUGCACAGAAAUAUUCAUUUGACAAAUAAAAGAUAUAAAAUAUAAGAAAACACCUUUAUUUAGACAGACUGGGAAAAAAAGUGUUUGCUGUGUGUAAAGGAGACGAUGAGAGGACAGAAUUCUCGAUUUCCUGUUAUUUUCAACAUAUUUUUCAACUUCUCAAGUUGGUUCUUGGUUGGUGUAAAAACUAUAAUUCAUAUUAACAAAGUUUUAUCCCACCAAAUGAAGUCAAAAUGAGACUCUGAACCUGUCAGAUGCACUUUCAAUCUCCAAAAUCUCCAACAGAAACAUCGUGUGGUGUGUCUGUCUCGGUGUAGAUAGUACUCAGUUACUUUCACUUAUGUAACUUUUAAAACAAACUGCACUUUUCAGAGUACUUUAGCAGCAUCCUUUUACUCCUACUUGAGUGAUGUUUUGAUGAAGUAAUAGUACUCUUACUUAAGUAAAAGUUAUGGUUUAUGUCGACAAUCUGAAAUGAUUUGAACAUUUGUGUGUCUUACAAGCGCUCCUUCACAGAUAAUUUAGUUUGCCUCGUUUUUGUCCUUUGAAAACAUCAGAUCAGUUACUCAUCUACUACUCAUGUACUUUUACUUAAGAGUACUAGUAACUUUAAAAUAUUACUCAAGUAAAUUUUCUGGCUAGUCUACCCACCUCUACAUUUUACUUGCAUAAAUACCGAGGACUCAGCAUGUCUUCUAUACACGACGAUGUGGAUUUCCCGUCUGCUUUUCCAGAUUGGUGAAACAUUUCUUUGAGUUUGAUCUUUUUAGUCAAAUUUGGUCAAUGAGAGAAUGUGAUUUGUGCCCUUGUUGUCGACCCAGACAAAGGCGUUGCUGGCCCAACUCGAAUGUAAAAUGCCCGUUUAGUUCAUGUUCAUUCUGAGGCCUUACUCUCCCUCUGCCUUACCCGGUCUAUGUGAAAACGCCUCUUCUCCACCAAACCCCGUCGACGCUCGGACCCGGACUCUCCUCGUUGCACUGGUGUGUAUGUGGGUGGUAUUGGAUAAGUUCAUUUAUCCAUCUCUUGUGUUUUCUGUACAGUGUAUAAAGACUAUAUCAUACUGAAA